AGAUAAAUGCACAGAGUCCCUCCAUUAAUCAUCAUGAUGAGAAGGAUGUGACUAAGCUGGAAAAUGACAAUCCUGAAAAUAGCAGCUCUGAGAGUCACAGGGUGUCCGUUACAGAGGCACUUCCCGAUUUUCUAGAACUUCAGUUUAUUAUAGCAAAGCUAUUGAGUCCGGACAGACAGACAGCCUGGAACCCAGAGAUGAGGACUCUUCUAUUCCUGCCCGUGUUCUUCAUCAUCCCUCUAAGUGGUGGAGUAUUCGGAAACUCUUGGUCUCUUCAAGUAUCGAGAGACGUCAGCGGCGAGAUCGGUAAAGCCGCCUCUUUGCCAUGUUCCUUUUCUCCCCCUCACAAGAGCCACCCUGGUGGGCUGACUGUCAUCUGGCGAGUCAGACAACCGUACAACGGAACUGUGGUCUUUAGGUGCUCCAGCGACCACAUGAACGAGCCGUGUAAAACCACCGUGAACUACAUGAACAAAUUCCGGCUGAUCGGAAACCCAAGAAACAACAAUAUCUCCAUCAGCAUUGGGAACCUGACUUGGGAGGACAGUAAUCGGUAUUAUUGUCGGGUUGAACUGUCUAGUGAUCGACACGACAAAUACGAGACCAAAUCUGGGACUUGGCUGCAUGUAUCUGCCCCUCCCAGGAUCGUCAACAUCUCAGUGGGAUUUGACCACAGGCGGGGAUACCAUGCAGUCUGUAUUGCAGAAGGAGAACCUGCCCCCUCUUUGCUCUGGAUCGACCCUCAGAACCAUCACCAUGACAAACUCCCAAGUAGCUCCACCUUGAAGCAUCAGAUGAGCACAGAGCUCCAUUACCUGCACCAGGAUGGGAAGUAUACCUGUGUGGCCACCAACAGUCAUGGCAGAACGGAGGGCACUGUGUUCUUCUUCAAGUUCAGACCACAACCCAACAACAGCUCGCCAUAUGUGGCGCUGUGGGCCGCUCUGGGAGCCAAACUGCUGAUGUUGCUACUGAUGUUUGGUGCAGCGAGCUACUACAGCAAAGACACAGCAGAAUCUAAAGCCGACUCUUUUCCGAGGGCGCAGGAUUCAACCUAUGAAAACUACACUCAGAGAACUCCAUAAAGAAUGAUCUGCAGCAUCUGAGGAGCGAUCUUACUGAAGAACUCCAGUCUGUUAGUAUUUCUUCUCUUCUUGGGUGAUAAAUGGCUAUAACACAGUUCCAGAUUUACAGAGGCAUACUUAGCUUGGCCAGGUUUGUCCCUGGAAAUUGUCUAUCUUUGAAUGUAACUUCACAAUAAAAUUGGGAAUACUGGUUUUGGGAAUGUUA